CAUGCGCACCAUGCGGCCGCUGGUGACACUGACGGCGCAGGCGCGGCUCCGCCCCGCGUUCUCGCGAGAGGCCGGGAUUUAUUCCUACGUGCGGUGCCGUGCUGCUCAUGGCGGCGCUGGAGCGGGGGCGCUGAGCUGUUGGGUAUGAAGUGAAACAGAACAGAAUUUACCACCUGAAACUGCUGCUUCAAGUUCAGAUCAGGAAAAGAAUAUACCGCAUCGUAACAACAAUUCAAGACCAAAGAAGAGGAAACUUACACUGAAGACACAAGGCUUGAUCUGAAACCAGAAGUUUGUGCCUACUCAACAGCUUCAAAAGAGCACGUCCCAACGCUGCUAGUAGUCUUUGUUUUCUCCAGUGCUGUAUUGAAACUGCCUAGGGCAGCAGCACUUGUAUUCUUUAUUAGUGUGCUCUCUCUUUUUUUUUUCUUUCUAUCUUUCUCCUUUUCUCUCUCUGUCUCAAUAGCAGUCUUCAUCCUUUGAAACUUCGUACUGAAGCAAAAGAAUCGGCUAAUACUACUGAAAGUGCAAUAUUUGAAUAUCACUGCGAGAUGAGCUUUGAUCCAAACCUUCUCCACAACAAUGGACACAACGGGUACCCCAAUGGUACUUCGGCAGCACUGCGCGAGACUGGCGUUAUAGAAAAACUGUUGACUUCUUAUGGAUUCAUUCAGUGUUCAGAACGGCAAGCUAGACUGUUCUUCCACUGUUCACAGUAUAAUGGCAACUUACAGGAGCUCAAAGUAGGAGAUGAUGUUGAAUUCGAAGUGUCUUCUGAUCGCCGAACUGGAAAACCCAUUGCUGUUAAAUUGGUGAAGAUCAAACCAGAAAUAUUACCUGAAGAACGAAUAAAUGGACAAGUUGUGUGCGCUGUUCCUCACAAUUUAGAGAGUAAAUCUCCAGCUGCCCCGGGUCAGAGUCCAACAGGGAGUGUAUGCUACGAACGUAAUGGGGAAGUAUUUUACCUGACUUACACUCCAGAAGAUGUUGAAGGAAACAUUCAGCUGGAAACAGGAGAUAAAAUAAACUUUGUAAUUGAUACAAAUAAACAUACUGGUGCUGUAAGUGCUCGUAACAUUAUGCUAUUAAAAAAGAAACAAGCCCGUUGUCAAGGAGUAGUCUGUGCCAUGAAAGAAGCCUUUGGAUUUAUUGAGAGGGGUGAUGUCGUGAAGGAGAUAUUCUUUCACUAUAGUGAAUUUAAAGGUGACCUAGAAACCUUACAGCCUGGUGAUGAUGUGGAGUUUACAAUCAAAGACAGAAAUGGUAAAGAAGUUGCAACAGAUGUAAGACUGCUGCCUCAAGGAACUGUCAUUUUUGAAGAUAUCAGCAUAGAACACUUUGAAGGAACUGUAACCAAAGUAAUUCCAAAAGUACCCAGCAAAAACCAGAAUGAUCCGUUACCUGGCCGCAUCAAAGUUGAUUUUGUGAUUCCUAAAGAACUUCCAUUUGGAGACAAAGAUACGAAAUCCAAGGUGACUUUGCUGGAAAGUGACCACGUUCGAUUCAAUAUUUCAACAGACAGACGUGACAAACUGGAACGAGCCACCAAUAUUGAGGUUCUGCCCAAUACUUUCCAGUUUACUAAUGAAACUAGGGAAAUGGGAGUGAUUGCAGCAAUGAGAGAUGGCUUUGGCUUCAUUAAGUGUGUUGACAGGGAUGCUCGCAUGUUCUUUCACUUCAGUGAAAUUAUGGAUGGAAACCAACUCCAUAUUUCUGAUGAAGUAGAGUUUACUGUGGUUCCUGAUAUGCUGUCUGCCCAAAGAAAUCAUGCUAUAAGGAUUAAAAAACUUCCAAAAGGCACAGUUUCUUUCCACACCCAAUCAGAUCACCGUUUUGUGGGCACUAUAGACAAAGAAGCCACUCCAGCCAAAGCCACUAGCCCAAAUAAAGGCAAAGAGAAGGAAGCUGAAGAUGGAAUAAUUGUUUAUGACGACUGUGGAGUAAAACUGACCAUUCCUUACCAGGCCAAGGAUGUGGAAGGAUCUGCUAAUCCUCAGAUAGGAGAUAAGGUUGAGUUCAGCGUUUGUGAGGUGAAGCGAACUGGUCUGCAAACAGCUGUUUCUGUCAGAAUGCUUGGACGCAAUUACAGUUCCAAGAGGCUUUUGGGGUAUGUGGCAGCCCUGAAGGAUAACUUUGGGUUUAUUGAAACAGCCAAUCAUGAUAAGGAGAUCUUCUUCCACUACAGUGAGUACUGUGGCGAUAUUGAUAGCUUGGAACUUGGAGACACAGUUGAAUACAGCUUGUCAAAAGGCAAAGGAAACAAAGUUAGUGCAGAAAAGGUGAACAAAACACAUGCAGUGAAUGGUAUCACUGAAGAAGCUGAUCCAACUGUUUACUCCGGUAAAGUAAUUCGUCCUUUGCGGAGCGUAGAUCCAACACAAACUGAAUACCAGGGCAUGAUUGAAGUCAUGGAGGAUGGUGAAAUGAAAGGAGAAUUCUAUCCAUUUGGAAUUGUUGGAAUGGCAAACAAAGGUGACUGUCUGCAGAAGGGAGAGACAGUAAAGUUCCAGCUGUGUGUUCUUGGUCAAAACGGGCAGACAAUGGCUGUCAACAUCACACCAUUCCGCAGGGCCACUGUGGAAUGUGUGAAAGACCAGUUUGGUUUCAUUAACUAUGAAGUGGGUGACAGCAAAAAGCUCUUCUUCCAUGUCAAAGAAGUACAGGACGGUGUGGAACUACAAGCUGGGGAUGAAGUAGAGUUCUCAGUAAUUCUGAACCAGCGCACAGGGAAAUGCAGUGCCUGUAACGUGUGGCGUGUCUGUGAAGGCGCUAAGGCUGUUGCUGCUCCACGUCCAGAUAGACUUGUUAAUCGUUUAAAGAACAUUAAUCUGGACGAUGCCAAUGCUCCUCGUCUAACAGUUCUUCGUCAGCCCAGGGGACCGGAUAACUCAAAGGGAUUUGGUGCAGAGAGAAAGAUCCGUCAAGCUGGUGUUAUAGACUGAUCAACAAAGCCAGUGCUUGAAGUACGACAGAGUGGUGGGGGCUGGUGAAGGGUACUGAAUAUCUCCCUAUUCAUCCCUUCCAAAUUUUAAGAAGCUAUUACACCAGUUUUAACACCUUCUCAUGUUAUGUUUAAAAUAAAUUUAUGAAACCAUUUUAAAAUUA